AUGUCCUCCACCCUUCUCCUCCUCUUCCUUCUCCUUAGCUUGGCCAUCACCUCCUCGGGGACACCACUCCGACCUGGUUUUUACUCAGAAACCUGCCCGGAAGCAGAAUUUAUUGUUCGGGAUGUCAUAAAAAAAGCCAUGGUUAGAGAAACCAGAAGUGGUGCCUCUGUGAUGCGUUUGCAAUUCCAUGAUUGUUUAGUUAAUGGGUGUGAUGGCUCAGUGUUGCUGGAUGACACUCCAUACAUGCUUGGGGAGAAGCUAUCUUUGUCGAAUAUUAAUUCCUUAAGAUCAUUCGAAGUAAUUGACGAAGUCAAGGAAGCCUUAGAGAAUGCCUGUGCAGGUGUCGUCUCGUGUGCUGACAUCGUAAUCAUGGUUGCUAGAGACGCUGUUGUUCUGAGUGGAGGACCAAAUUGGGAAGUAAAACUAGGCAGGCGAGAUAGCUUGACGGCCAGCCAAAAAGAUUCGGACGAUAUAAUGCCAAGCCCUAGAGCUAAUGCAACUUCUCUCAUUAAUCUCUUCAGCGGAUUCAAUCUCUCUGUCAAAGAUCUAGUAGCCCUUUCUGGCUCUCACUCCAUUGGCAAAGGAAGGUGCUUUUCCAUAGUCCACCGACUAUAUAAUCAAUCAGGUACAGGAAGACCCGACCCUGCCAUUGAACCGAAGUUCAGAAAGGAGCUAGAUAAGCUUUGCCCACUAGGAGGAGACGGAAAUGUGACAGGGAACUUGGAUGCCACCCCAAAGAAAUUCGACAACCAGUUUUUUAAGGACUUGGUAAACGGGAGAGGAUUUCUUAAUUCCGAUCAAACGUUGUUCACUCAUCCGAAGACUAGAGGGUAUGUGAGACUGUUCAGUAGAAAUCAGAGAGAAUUCUUUGAGGCCUUCGUCAAGGGGAUGAUUAAAUUGGGUGACUUACAAUCUGGUCGCCCCGGAGAAAUCAGAAAGAACUGUAGGGUAAUCAAUGGCCGGCCACUGGAGGAUUUAAUUGAUGACUUUUAA